CUUACCCAUUCAGAAGUUGCCAAACAGCCCCUAAGUGUGGUGUACAAAUGGUGUACAUUUUAUAUUUUAUGGUGUGAAUGUAGCAUGGUCCGGUUAAGAAUGGACCUCGCUCAAGAAGCUUUGAUCAAUUGGGGUUUUGGAAGGAGGUUUUGUACAUGGAAUAAAUGGCAUCAACCAAAUGUUCGUCCCUGUCGGUCUCCUCCUCACAGAGCUCUCGAGAUCCACUCAGACCAUCUCUACAACCAAAUCCCUCCACGCCAUUAUCCUCAAGGCCCCUCACCUCUGCAACGACCCUUUCUACGCCACCAGAAUCGUCCGGUUCUACGCCCUCAACGACGAUCCCGUCUCCGCCCGCCAACUGUUCGACGGAACUCCCCACAGAAGCAUCUUCCUAUGGAACUCCGUCAUCCGGGCUCUGGCGAGGACCCGCCGCUUCUCCGGCGCGGUCGCGCUGUUCCGAGACCUGAUGCGCUCGCCCACGGCGCCGGAUAACUUCACCUUCGCCUGCGUUCUGCGCGCGUGCUCCGACAGGCUCGAUCUCCGCGGGCUGAGGGCUGCCCACGGCGGAGCCGUGGUGGCCGGGUUCGGAUCCGACUCCAUUUGCAGCAGCCAGCUCGUCAGCGCUUAUUCCAAAUUGGGUCGCUUGGACGCCGCAGUCAAGGUGUUUGAUAUGAUUUCUGAACCAGAUCUCGUCCACUGGAACUCCAUGAUCUCCGGGCACGGAAGCACCGGCGAUUGGGAAAACGGGCUCCGGAUUUUCAUCAAGAUGCAGAGAAUGGGAAAACAGCCCGACGCAUACACUCUCGUUGGCUUGGCUACCUGUUUCAAUUCUCCAGAUCUGCUGAGAAUUUGCGAAAAUGUUCAUGGGUUUUGCAUAAAAUCUGGGUUCGAUUCGAAUCCUCAUGUCUCCAGUCUUCUGGUGAGCAUCUACUCAAGAUGCAAAAACCCAUCUUCAGCUUGCAGGGUUUUCGAUUCUUUACCUGACCCUGAUCUGAUAACCUGGUCUGCAAUGAUCUGUAGCCUAUCUCAGUCUGGCGAAGCCAAAAAGGCACUGGGUCUCUUCAGGGAAAUGAUGAGCACGAAAAGAGGCAGUGGAAAUGCAGACUCUCCAUUGCUCGCCGCCGUGCUCUCUGCUGCAGCCCAGUCUGCGUCUCUCCAGCCUGGUAAAGAGAUACACGCGCACGCCUUCCGGCGUGGCUGCCACCUGGACAUCUCCGUGUCUUCUGGCUUGAUCGACAUGUACUCCAAAUGCGGGUUCUUGAAUUCUGGCGCGAAAGUGUUUGAAACCGCGCCGAGCAAGAACAUAACCUCGUACAACUCAAUGAUCUCCAGCCUCGGCUUGCACGGAAACGCGCGCAAAGCGCUUCGCCUCUUCCAGGAAGUUCUGGAGAACCGCGGGGCCCUCCAGCCCGACGAAGCCACCUUCUCUGCUGUUCUCUCUGCGUGUUGCCACGCCGGUCUGGUGAGUGAGGGGAGGAAAUGGUUCGCGACAAUGGGGGAGGGAUUUGGGAUUCGUGCGAAAACCCAACACUACGUUUGCAUGGUGAGGCUGCUGGGGAUGGGAGGGGAGCUGGAGGAGGCUCACGAGCUCGUUCGGGGCAUUGAGGGACCGGUGGACUGCGGCGUUUGGGGGGCGCUCUUGUCGUGCUGCGAAGCCCAUGGGGAUUACAGGCUGGGAGGGGUUGUGGCCAAACGCGUCCUUGAGAGUGAGGUGGAGAGGAGCAGCUAUGGAGUUAUGGUGUGUAAUAUGUAUGCCAGAGAUGGGAGAUGGGAAGAGGUGAAGAAGCUGAGAGUGGAUGGAGAAGCUGCAAGGGGAAAGGUCCCUGGCAAGAGUUGGAUUACUUAAUAGUCAAAUUCAAUUCUAAAGUCAAAAUUAACUUGUGUGGUGCAAUUAGAGGGGGUGGAGGGUGUGUUCGGGUCGGGGCGGGGUGAAGGGGUUUACCAGAGGUAGGAACCGUCAAUUUUAGAACCGGGCCACCGGAGCGCUUCGAGUCAUCCCAGAAUAUUGCCGGGCAAUGUCAUCGGAACUUUGGUGAACAUAUAAUAAUAUAUUAGAAAAACUCAAUAUGUUUUAGCAUUAUAUAUGUAAAUUUUCUAUUAUUUUGGAAAGAUUUUUCUCGGUUAAGAAAAAUCUUUUAUUCCC